UUGAUAAAGGGUUAAAAUUAACAAGCUACAAUGGCAGUUUGUCCAGAGCCAGCAGGAAAGUGGUGGCAGGAGCACUCACAGAGUCUGAGACGAAUAUUGGAGGUUCUCCUAUCCUUCGGUUGUGGUGUAUUAAAUAUUAUUAGCUUUGGUAGCCCUUAUUGGCUAGACCUGGGGGAGAAUGGUCACAUGGGUCUGUGGCAGAACCGUAGUAAUACAAAGUGUCAAGGCCUAUCAAACCCAUCAGGUGCUGUUAUUGGUGUAAGAGCAAUGCUGUGUAUGUCAUUAGUGUCAGGAUUGAUUGGCUGGGCUGUUGGUAUGGUAGCAUUGAUAGUUCAUAGACCUCGUUUCUUAUUCACAGUUGCACUGGCCUUUGGAAUACAAGGUAGCCAUUUAUAA